AUGGGUGCAUCGGAAAGUAAGCUGACGUUCAAGGAGGACGUCUUUCGCCUCGCACGAGAGGACAACAUCCCUGCCGACGAUGUGUGGUGGGCGCAGUUCUACCAGCUACCGGAGCACGCCGACGAUGUCUUUGCGCUGUGGAGUCCUACAGACGUCCGAAAUUUGACAUUGAAUGGACCUGACCGGCCGUCACCCGGUGCUCAGGUCUCCCCGAGGAAGAAUCUUGAGACCCUUAUCUAUGUCUGCGUGGCUAGGCUCGAUGCAUUGCAGCGGAAGCGCUGCUUUGCCGACCCUCAUCAGCCGAUUGCGCCUGAAGCUCUCAACUGCAUGCGCAUAUUAACCCGUCUCCUGCCCUAUAUUUACGAGGCAGACCACUUGCAUGUAUGGGAGGAGAAGUUCUUCUGGCAGCCGAGGACGCCUUCGCAAAGCUGGGACACUAAGCGCAAUCGGCCGGGCGCGUACUAUGAUGGUCUAGACCCAGCGAAGAGGUUUCUUGUCGAAGAAACGGACGGAGAGCAUGUCAGUAACCGUGUCAUCGGUCCGCCGCUUGGUGAGCAGCUCGUCGAUGUAAUGAUUCGAUAUAUGUUCUUUGCAGGCUUCACACUGCCUAAGCGGCUCGACUCCCAGGGGCUGCCGGACUUAAAAGUCGCCUAUCAUAUCUGGAACAGUGGCAUUGGAUGCCGGCAGAGCGCCGGGAUGACGAGGGAGAACGAGAAAAACGCUGCUGAGGCAAUCCGGUUGCUCCUGAGCCUUUGCAGCCGCCAGAUGUACAUUGUGCCGCAGCUUGUCGCAGAGACGGACGUCAAACCAAUCUCGUAUAUGACGCUCAAGCCAGAUCGCCAGGUUGCACUAAGCAUGAUUUGCUCGCUCUUGAACACGGUGCUGAAGUACAAUCCAGCGACAUGGCGGGUUCCAGUCGACUUCGCAACUGACGGUGACCCACGUUCGAGACUGGCUAACCUUUCAUUGGACCUACUGUUGGUCUUGGUGCUCUACCCUGAGCCAGCCGGGCAGUCUAAUGCUUAUCGUCGAGCAGUCAGCCGGCUGCACCGGGUUGAGGAUUUUCAAUUCAUACAGCAAGGCUUGAUGACAGUUCUGAUGCAGCCCAUCUCCGGAGUGACAGCAUACCUCGCUGGUAAGCAGGUCCCAUGGGCGCCUGAGAUGCUCAUCCUGUUCUGGGAACUUCUACAAGUCAACAAGCGCUUCCGAGCUUUUAUCAUCGAAACAGAUCGCGCGCACGACUUUGUCGUGCUUGUGCUCUUCUACGCCAUGGGCGCCAAGGACCAGCCCACGAAGCAGAGCAUUGUGCGGAUGUGUGUACUGAUUCUUCAAACCAUGAGCGUCGAGCCGACAUUUGGCUCGCACUUGAACAAGCCUUUCGUGGGCCAAGAGAGCCUGCCAGCUCAACUCCGCAUUACGAACUUCCACGGCACCUAUGCUGACUUUCUAAUUACAUCGGUGCAUACACUUAUGACGACCACUCAGGGCAGGUUGGAAUCCAUCUACCCGGCCCUUCUCGCGAUUAUCAACAAUGUUGCGCCGUACGCACUCGAGAUCCAACGAGCAACAAGCUCAAAGCUACUCGAUCUGUUCGCCUCACUCUCCUCGCCCACAUUCUUGCUGGAGAAGGAGGGCAACCAUCACCUUCUUGAGCAGAUGUUGCAAAUCAUCAACGCCGUUCUUGAGCACCAGCUAGCCGCCAAUCGGCGCUUCGUUGAAGUCCUUGUUCGGAGUCGCAAGCGCUUCCAGAUAUUACGCGAUUUUACCGUUGAAGGUGCACUUGCGGAGCUGGAUCGGCAGGCACAAGAGCGCAAAGAGCGUGGUGAGGCUUCACUUACAUCUGGCGUGCGCAGCCCGCAGCGCAAUGGCUCGCUCGAUAUGGGUCGAAGCCCGGUCUCCGCUCGGUCUCCGCAAUUGGGCAAUGUACCGGAACACGGAGCUUUUGCCAUUGGCGAUGACGAAGAUGAUCAAGACGACGAAGCCGUGAACGCCGCCAUGACCGGAAGCACUUCUUCCCUCGUGCCGCUCAGUGCGUCCACCAGCAACGUAGAUGAGGCUCUACCGCUACAGUCAAGAGGCAUGUCGGAGAAAGCGCGAGGAAAGCAGCCCGUGGGCGAAGGCAGCUUCUCCCGCUCAAAUUCACGAAACACGUCGGCCGCCAGCCUACCCGCUCUCAACACGACGUCGUCAAUUGUGUCCACAGGUAUGCCGACUCCUCUUCAGCCCUUUCAGCCGACUCCGGAAUGGCUCGAGACAUGGCUACCGCACCUGCAGCUCCACACGAUACUAGAGGUUAUCGGCCAAGUUCGCGUACGCGGGGAUGAUAUAACUCUACCGGAGCGCAUUGAAGUGCUCGCCUCCGAGGAUGCAACCGCACCCAAGGUCCAGGCCUUCGUCUGGACGUCGCUCUCACUCGGAUGGUAUGUAAGUCUGCUUUGGGGCCUUAUCUACGCCUCCGAUGUCUCGUCGAACAAAGGCAUACAUGGCAUUUGGUCUAGCACGAGCAUCAAGCUUUUCGCAGUGAAGAUGAGUGCGCAGACGGGCAGUAUCAGCUUGAGAAGUCCACAAGGUGCCGUCGAUGCAAUCGGCAAUGGCAUAGUGCAGCGUUUAAGUAGCUUGAGCUUCCAAAGCUCCCCUACGGUACGGGAAGUAUGA